AUGACAGGCGCUUUACGGCUUUUUGCGUCGUGAACUCUCUGGAGUAGAGGACGUUCGGAGCUGCUGAGGUGUGCCAGUUACUAGUUUGACCUCAAGCGUCAUGCCAUUUAUUGAUCUUCAGAGCAAACUCGGCAUUGAUGUAGACAAAUGGUUGCUUCUGCAGAGUGGAAAGCAAGCUGAUCACAAUGCUGGACGUUGCCACGCAUUUGAGAAAGAAUGGGUGGAGUGCGCCCAUGGCAUUGGACAAGUCCGAGCAGAAAAGGAGUGCAAGUUGGAAUAUGAGGACUUUCUGGAGUGUAUGCACAGAACCAAAACACUGGAGCGUUUGAAGACCAUCAGGAAUCAGAUGAAGAAACUAGAGAAGGAAGGGAAAUACAAAGCUCCGGAUUUCAGUAAAGAUGAAAACACACCUUAAUGAUAUGAAACUGAAGCUGUUUUGUUUUAUUUGUUUUUGUGUCUAAACUAUUGAAUGCAGCCAAACUCCUUGCUGUAUAUUAAAAUGCUUCAUUCAA